AAUAAUUGCACCAAUAGUAUUCUGAUAGAUCUUAUCAAAAAAUGGACCGUUGGAUGGAUUUCAUUUCGAUCUCGACCUUCAGAUAGUAUGCAACCCUAUCCCCACGUUUUUCAAUGAAGUCAGAUGGAAUCUCAUAUAAUAAUCACACCAACAGUAUUCUGAUAGAUCUUAUCAAAAAAUGGACCGUUGGAUGGAUUUCAUUUCGAUCUCGACCUUCAGAUAGUAUGCAACCCUAUCCCCACGUUUUUCAAUAAAGUGAGAUGGAAUCUCAAAUAAUAAUUACACCAACAGUAUUCUGAUAGAUCUUAUCAAAAAAUGGACCGUUGGAUGGAUUUCAUUUCAAUCUCGACCUUCAGAUAGUAUGCAUCCCUACCCCCACUUUUUUCCUAUAAAAUCAUGUUUUCUUUAAAGAUAUAAACAUAACUCAUAUUUUUCAGUUCAUCUUAAAUUCGAGUCAAGAAAAUUCUACAGAUCGUUACUCAAAAUGGAUUUUUAUGUUGGAGAUACAUCACAUAAUGAUGCUGAAAAUUCAUCAUCGUCUUCUUCAGAUAUUGAUGAUUAUAUUUCAGAUGAUAAUGAGUUUGUAGUGGAAACACAAGCAGUUCAUCAACAAUUUCUUAGAAAUAAGAUGGUUUUGCAGCAAAUACAAGAUCAACAUCGAGUUUCUAGAGGUGGCUCUGUUCUAGGUCAUGUAGUAAUCAAUCGAGAUCGUGAAGCGGCUGAUCGUAAUUUAUUUCUGGAUUAUUUUUCAGAUAAUCCACGUUUCAAUGAUGUAAUGUUUCGUCGACGAUAUAGAAUGUCUCGAAAUUUAUUUCUUCGUAUUGUCGAUGCAAUAAAAGCGCAUGAUACGUACUUUGAACAACAAAGAGAUGCAGUAGGUAAAAUUGGAUUAUCUACUCUUCAAAAAAUCACAGCUGUGUUUCGAAUGUUAGCGUAUGGUUUGCCGGCGGACGCUACAGACGAAUAUGUGAAAAUUGGGGAGUCCACUGCAAUUGAAAGUCUAAAGAGAUUUUGUCGAGCCACCGUUGAGGUAUUUGGUGAGCAGUAUCUGAGAUCACCAACUGCCGAGGAUGUUGCAAGGCUUCUUUAUAUUGGUGAGCAACGUGGCUUUCCUGGCAUGUUAGGUAGUCUCAAUUGCAUGCAUUGGAAAUGGAAAAAUUGUCCUACUGCAUGGGCUGGCCAAUAUACAAGUCGUAGUGGAUCGCCAACAAUUAUUUUGGAAGCUGUAGCUGAUUAUGACCUUUGGAUAUGGCAUGCAUAUUUUGGAAUGCCUGGCUCUAAUAACGAUAUUAAUGUUUUGGAGUCAUCGCAUUUAUUUUCCGACCUUGCUAAAGGUAUUGCUCCUCCCGCUCAUUAUAUUAUUCAAGGAAACGUAUACAAUACGGGUUAUUAUUUAGCUGAUGGUAUAUAUCCGAAAUGGUCAACUAUUGUGCAAACUAUUCGUGAACCACAAACAAGGAAGAAGAAGUAUUUUGCAAUGAAACAAGAAUCAUGUCGAAAAGAUGUUGAACGUGCUUUCGGAGUGUUACAGUUACGUUUUGCAAUAGUUGCAGGGCCAUCACGUUUUUGGAAAAAAGAAGUGUUGCAUGAUAUUUUAACUACAUGUAUUAUCAUGCAUAAUAUGAUAAUCGAGGAUGAACGUGACCUUAGUGCACCUAUUGAAGAUGGUAGAGAAUUUUCAGCUCCAACUGUUGAAAUGGCUGUCGAUGAAACUACUCGAUUUGAAUAA